AUGCCACCUAGAAAGCGAGCUGCUUCCACUACCAUAGACGAACCUCGACGGUCGCGUCGCAUUUCAUCAAAUGUGAAGAAGAGCAACUAUUUUGAGGAGGAUGACGACUCCGAGGACCCUCUGACAACCUCUAAUGUAAAGAAGCGAAAGGGCAAAUCGGCGCCCGCAAGUAAACGCAAGCAGGAAGUCGAUGACGGCUUGUCCGAUGAGUAUCAAGACAAUGCUGCCGACCAAGAUGAGGAUGAAGACGGGGGCGAAGAAGAAGAAAAUGAUGAUGAUGAUGGAGAUGAGGACGAGUUUGCCACCAAGGUCACCGUGGUCAAACUCGAAACCCUGAGGCCCGAUGGUGGGGUCGAGUACGCCGAUGACUUUGUCCAUAAGAACACGAUGCUUUUCUUGAAAGAUCUGAAGGAGAACAAUGAGAGGUCGUGGCUCAAAUCGAACGAUCGGGAGUUCCGGAGAGCUCAGCAGGACUGGGAGUCAUUCGUCAUGAGCUUCACGUCAAAACUCUCUGGCCUAGAUUUCACGAUCCCGGAGUUGCCCGCGAGAGAUGUCGUCUUCCGCAUAUAUAGGGAUACAAGGUUCAGCAAGGACCCGACGCCAUACAAGCAGCCUGGGAAUUGCUUCGUCGGCGGCGGCCUGUGGCAUCCCGAGAAUGAAUCCAUUUACAAAAUCCGAGAGAGCAUUGACGAGCGACCUCGGCGAUGGCGGCGCAUCCUCAACAACGCAGGCUUGAAAAAACACUUUCUUCCCGAUGCCAGCAAGAGCUCCAGCGCAGACGUUGCUCUGAAGGCAUUUGCUGCUCGGAACAAGGAAAAUGCCAUGAAAGUGGGGCCAAAGGGCAUUCGUGCCGAUCAUCGUGACCUGGAACUCUUCAAACUGAGAAACUACGUUCUGAGCAAGAAAGUCGCAGAUAACGUUAUUUUCGGGCCAGGUUCCCAGGAAAAGCUCGUAGACAUCUUUACGCCGAUGGUGCCGUUUGUAUCAUUCUUGAACAGCAUUGUUAGACCCGACCCAAACGUCGAUGGGGACUUUGACUCGGGCGACGAUGAGGAGUAG